AACAGUUAACAAAGCAAAAUGUCGGACACAGAUUUUGACAUUGUGUGUGCUAAAAUCGACGAGGAAAGGGAAUAUUUAAACACAGUUAGUCAAGAUAUAUGGACAAAGCCUGAACUCCAGUAUAAGGAAUUUCACGCUCAUGCAGUUUUAACUGCAGCGCUCACUAAAUAUGGAUUUUCUGUGGAAAAACAUUAUUUUAUGCCCACGGCGUUUAAGGGGGAGUAUGUUUCUAAACGUGCAGGCGGAGCUACCAUUGCCGUUCUUCUUGAAUAUGACGCCUUGCCUGAGAUAGGUCAUGCGUGUGGCCACAAUCUCAUAGCUGAAUCUGGUCUAGCGGCUGCUAUAGGAAUCAAAACUGCAAUGGAAAAUGAUCCGAAACUUGCAGGAAAGUUAGUAGUGUUUGGAACACCUGCUGAAGAAGGUGGUGGUGGUAAGAUUCGUUUAAUAGAGCUGGGUGCCUUCGAAGGUGUUGAUGCAGCCAUGAUGGUUCACCCUGCUAAGAAUACAGCAGCUUCUCCUAACAUGCUAAGUAUAAUUCGGUGCCACUUAGAAUAUAAAGGAAAAGAAGCCCACGCGGCAGCCUACCCUUGGGAAGGAAAAAAUGCCUUGGAUGCAGCAGUAGCUUGUUACAACAAUAUUUCCCUGCUUAGACAGCAAAUAAAACCAGCUUGUAGAAUUCACGGCAUCAUCACAAAAGGCGGUGUAGCCCCAAAUAUCAUUCCAGGAGACACAAAAAUGGAGCUUUACGUAAGGGCCCCCACUAAAGGAGAACUUAAAGGACUUCAAAAGAGGGUCGAAGCAUGCAUCAAAAGUGCGGCAAGUGCCACUGGGUGCGAAGCUUCUUUCUUGUUCGACGAGUCUAACAGUUAUGAGAACCUCAUGACGAACAAAAUAAUGGCAGACAUAUUUACUGUAUAUGGAGAACGUUUAGGAGUUGAUUUUGACGGAGAUAGAAAAAUGGAUAAACAAGCAGGCUCUACAGAUAUGGGGAACGUAUCUCAUACCUUGCCUUCGAUUCAUCCCUUUUUUAGCAUCACAGACAAAUACACUAAUCACACGAAGGAGUUUACCGAAGCUUCUGGAUCGCCAAAUGCUCAAGAGAUAACUCUCACCAUGGGCAAAACCAUGGCCCUGACAGCCCUGAAGAUCAUGAGGAACCCAGAGAUACAAGAAGAGAUAACAAAGCAGUUCCAGAGGGACUUGGAAAAUGACUUAAAAAUCGACUAAGAUCACGCAAAUUAAUUGUAGAUGUAAUCGUUAACAAUAAUUUCUAAUUCAGUAUCGAAAACAUUUGAGAAUGCCGUACGGAUAAACUUAGCACUAUUAAUUGAAUGACACAUUUACAAUAAUGGUCAUGCAACACGCGACCUGAAUUUUUCUAUUGAAGUCCUUAUUAAAUUUCAAAAUUUAAAAAGAUUCUUUUGAAAUAUAAAAAAUAAAUUGAAAUAAUAAAGUAUUUGUUAAGUUUGG